AUGAAUCCGGGGCAACUUCCCCUGCAUCUGCAGAUUACCCAUCUGCGGGAGAUUCUUGCAUCCAACUCAUCACUCAUGACUGUGCUCGCUCGUGCCGCAGCCCUCAAUCUGCCAAACUGGUACCUUGCUGGCGGCGCAGUGUCUCAGACAAUCUGGAACACCGUUUCAAAGCUCCCACCAGAGACGGGGAUCCUCGACUACGAUCUCGUCUAUUAUGAAAAUUCCGACUUAUCAUACGAGGCGGAAGACCUAGCCAUACAGGUCGGGAAGCGUCACUUUGCCGAUGUGCCUGUCGAGGUGGAAAUCCGAAACCAGGCACGUGUUCAUCUAUGGUAUGAACAGAAGUAUGGUGUCACGUGUCAACCACAUGCAAGUGUUGAGGCCGGAAUCGACACAUGGAUAUCAACAAGUGCCAUGCUAGGGGUGAGAAUAGACGAGGCGGGCGAGUGGAUCGUGUACGCCCCUCGUGGGUUAUCCGACUUUUUCAACAUGGUGGUGAGGCCUAAUCCAGUCUUGGGGACGAGAGAAGCAUAUGAGAAGAAGCCUGAGCUUGCCACCAAGGAAAAGAGUUCCAAUCCGGUAUACCGAGAUAAAUAUCAGGAGAUGGUGGCGUCGGCCGUUGAUGCAGAGUAUGCAGCAAAGCCCGGGCCCAUGGACCCUGAAGCGACCCCCGAGUCAAAGAUCCGACAGCGCAUUGCCCAAUCAAGCCAACAUGUUGCUACUUGA